AUGACCAUCGAAGGGGGGUAUGGAGGUAGCAAUACCGAAGAAACGGCCCUUGAAAUUCUUCGAACCGCUGCCGACGAAUGCACGCUUAUUGAUACAUCCGACAUUUACGGAGACCUGGUAGUGCCAGGACGCAAUGAAAUCCUGAUCGGAAAGUUGCUUAAACAUCCAGAAUACCGAUCCAAGGUCUUUAUCUGUACCAAAUUCGGCAUUGUAAUGGACAUGAAAGACGGUUCUCUCUCAGCAAACGCCAGAGGAGACCCGGAAUAUGUUCGCCAAUGCUGUGAGGAAUCCUUGAAGCGGCUCCAGGUUGAUCAGAUCGAUCUUUAUUAUCAACACAGAGUCGACCGCUCAAGGCCCAUUGAAGAGACCUGGGGCGAACUCAAGAAAUUGCAAGAGGAAGGCAAAGUCAAAUAUCUCGGCAUCUCCGAGGCUACGCCCGACGAGAUUCGUCGCGCUCACGCCAUUGCACCGAUUACUGCUUUGCAAAUCGAGUUCUCGCCAUUCACGCCAGAUAUUCGGGAAAACGGCAUUCUGGAUACGUGUCGUGAGCUCGGUAUUGCCAUUGUGGCAUAUAGUCCUCUCGGACGAGGAAUGAUUUCGGGUGAAUAUACAUCCCCUGAUCAGUUUGAAGCUAGUGAUUAUCGUCGGCAUAUGCCUCGUUUUCAGGGCGAUGCUUUCACCGAGAACUUGAAGUUGGUUGAGGCCAUUAAAUAUAUUGCAAGCAAGAAGGGUGUCUCAUCAACCCAAUUGACGCUUGCUUGGGUUCUCGCUCAGGGAGACGAUUUCUUUGUAAUUCCCGGCACGCGAAGUCUCUCAAAGCUCAAGGACAAUGUUGCCGCCGGAUCUAUUACGCUCACUGAGAAAGAGAAGGAGGAAAUCGAGGCCGUCAUUGCACGUAUUAAGGUCAUUGGUGACAGGUAG